AUGUUGUGACAAAUGUGCUGUUUUUAUGGACCAAAAAUGAGUUUAAUAAAAAGUUUUUACGAUAUAUCAAAUAACAGAACUAUAUUGUUUAUGAUAGUGUUACUAUAUUUAAAACUCUGCAGUCCUCAAGAUGUAAGUGGUGAUUUCAAUGACGAGAACUUAGAAUCUGAUAUAAAUAUGGUUGUGGCAGUUAAAAAAGCGAAGUUUGCUAGAAACGUAGCAAAUCCUUGUAGAUUAAGUGAACUUCUAUGUGAUACGGGGCAGUGUAUAUCAUUGGAUAAGUAUUGUAAUGGAGAGGACGAUUGUGGCGAUAAGAGUGAUGAGCCGAAAUCGUGUUCACCGUGCAACAGAACAUACAUGGGCGACGUCGGUAGAACGUACGAAUUGGAGGUCCGCAGGCCGAGAGAAGACCACCUCCCGUUCGUUUGUCACCUAAACUUUACUGCUAAUGGCGGCAGCUACGGUGAUAUUAUUCAGCUAACAUUCGACACGUUCACGGUGGGUAAGUUCGUGUCGUUUACCUCGGACGGGUGUCCAGAUGGGCACAUGACGAUAGUGGAGCGGAGCCCCGCGCCACCCACCGGCCAGUGGUGUGGCUCCGCGUGGGGCUACACGGUAUACUUCAGCGAAUCCGACUCUAUCAACAUGACCCUGAGACUGGAUAGACUCAGUCAACAGGGUGUGGGGUACAAUUUCGACUUCAAGUUGGCGUACAAGUUUCUAAGACGGAGUGAGGCGCGCUUGCGGUACGGUAACGCGACACUGGGGGCGUGGAGAGGGGAACGCGUUCAGGGCACCUACUGCGACCGCAUACUCAGCGAUUGCGAUCUGCGCGCUUGUCGCAUCCAGUCACCCAACUUUCCCGGCGUAUAUCCACGUAAUGCGACGUGUACUUACCGCAUUGAACACACAAAGAUACCCGCAGAUAAACACGUUCUGCUAGCGGUUAGGCAAACAAAUAGUCACAAGAUACAUAUCAAAGAUCAGAUCGUUAAGUAUGACAGAAGUCAGCGAGUACUCAAGAUAUGGGAUCAAUGCAACGUGGUACAAGAUUAUCUGACAGUAUGGGACGGUCCUACACGAGACUCCCCUGUACUUGUGCGUCUUUGUGGCGGUGAUGCAGUGCCAGAUAUAAUUACCAGAGGACCUAAUAUGCUGCUCGAGUUUCAUACUUCGCCAUAUGACAACCCCUUCCACCCGGUUCCAUUGAGCUAUCUGCCUGGUUUUGAGCUAGAAGUCCAGGUGUUGUACGUGGAUAAAGAUUCGCACUCGUACGUGAGCGCGGACGGCCGCUGUCGGUUCGUACUGCGGUCCUCGGACAAAACGAGCGGCGUCCUGAGGAAUCCGCGACACUCCUUACCCCCGAACACCUCUUGUGUCUAUUAUUUUCAAGGUCGUCCAAAUGAAAUAGUUUGGGUUUCAUUCGUGAAGUAUCACGCAGCCGGGACCGAGCCGGCAGGCUUCGACCAACAGAAGGAUUGUUCCUCGCAACUCACAAUAUGGGACGGAGCAGCCCCAGAUGCUGACCUGGAUAGAAAGUUGGAAAUGAGCGACAAAAAGUUGUUUCUGGGAUCGUUUUGCCGAGAAGAAUCUCCAAGACUAUGCGACCACGCUCUGUUGUCUAACGCUACUCGAGCUACAAGACCUUGUGCACCCAGUGAGAGCUAUAUUACGACGGGGCCAGCCCUGACAAUACUACAGGAAUUGCGCCAAGGCUCGGCGUUGUAUCCCGUUUCAUUUCUACUACGGUACGAGUUUGUAGAUGUAAGCGAACAGGGACAGCCGUUAGCGGACUCACAAUCAGCAUGCGAUAGAGUUUUCAAAUCAGCUCUCACUUAUUCCGGAAGAUUUCAAGCCCCACGAGCCAUAUUCUAUUAUGGAAGAGGGGGUGCCCAGAAUCUUACUUGUAUUUUGAGAUUCGAAGCAAAACAUGGAGAAAGAAUUCAACUAACAUUCACAAAUACAUAUUUUGGAAAUAAAAUAUGUAGCACUCAUAAAGAUUCUAGAACUAGCCGGUGGAAAUGUGAUAGACCAUCUAGAAGGAUUGUUGGUGGAGAGGGGUUAGCCCAAAUUAUUAUCACUGAGUAUCCUUGGGAAGGUAUUCCAAUCGAAAGAGACUGUUUGUGUACCAACCGGUCUGAACCUUUGAAUGUGCAUACAUUAACAGCUCCCGUUGUUGAAGUAAAUUUUACUGUUACAAUGAUGAAUAUUACCGAAGAUUACGAUGAUUUUGCGUUUGAAGGUGAAUAUAAAUUUAUUCCAACCGGACCUGGUGAUGACUCUAUUUGUUCAACUGGUUGGGGUGAAAGACGCCUUAGGGGUAGCAGUGGGGAAAUUAGGUUAUAUGAUAAAAGGGAAGCUUCAAUUGCACCAGACAUAGUUGGUGAUAGAAAUGUUAUAUCGGAAAGUGUUCGCGCUGAAGUUGCUUGUAUUCACAGGCCAUGGUUAAUAGAACCCGGGGGUGAUGAUGUGACUCCGAUGCAGGGACGAUAUUUAUAUGUUAAAGUUCCUGGAUAUGAAAUAACUUCAAAUUCUCCAUUUUGUCCAACUCCCAAUCGUCUUUAUAUAUACGAAGCACGAGACACUAGUUUGUACAAAGAAAUUUGCCCUAGCACUACCAGUUCUUUGGAAUUAUACUCCCCUGGAUGGAAGUCUGCGCAAACGACAAUAGAAUCAACGCUAAAACCUCAUGCCCGAAGCUAUGUCAUCGAUUUCCUACAACAUGAGCAGACUGAUUACUCGAUUAAAUGGAUAGAAAUCAUGAAGAAACCUUCAAUUGAACAUGACCCGGAUUCAAAUAUUUUACCUGAUUCUGCCACUCUUGAUUGUCGUUACAACUGUCCAGAAUUAAAUGCUUGUAUACCUCUGACCCUAUGGUGUGAUGGAAGUGCCCAUUGCCCUUCAGGUUAUGACGAGGAUGAUUCUAAUUGCUCCUUCCGAUUAUCGCUACCACCACCUUACGUAGCAGCCGCUGCUGGUGUUGGUCUUCUAAUAUGUGCUAUAGCCAUUGCUCUAUGUGCUUGUAAAAGAAGGCGAAAGAAAGACAAAGAAUUUAAAGCAAGGCUCGACGGAGCGUUACCACCUGAAGAAAGACCUUACGAUCGUGCUAAAACAAAUGGAGUACCAGAAGCAGCGAGACAGUACGCUACUGUUCAGAAAUACGCAACAAUUGAUAAAUACAGUUUAAGUCAAAAGUAUAGUGCGGGUUUGAAUGAUGCGAGAUAUUAUGAUGAAGUGGCUCAAAGAGAUAAACUAGCUGAUACAAGAUACGCUAGCUUAGGUCGAGCUGGACGUAAUGUUAGAAAUGAAAAUAAUAGAGGUAACGGUUCAAGGAGACCGAUGCCAGAUUUAAGCUAUCCCGAUCUCAAAGAUGGUUUCUGUUGACCCUCUCUGGAUCUUCCAGAAACAUCCGUUUAGCAAGCAGAUUUUCAUUUCAAAUCAAUAAGUUUACGUUUAUCUUGUAAAAUUAAUAAAGACUGAAUCGGCAUAAGUGCCUACCUUACAGUUUUGACCCAUUCAUACUCACAAAAUAUCGCGAUAUAUUAAAUUUUCAAUUGAUAUUCCUAUUAAUAUAUAAUUUUAAGGCUUUGAAAUAAGUAACUGAAAGCCGUACCUCAUCUAAAUUACUUUUUGUACAUAGUUAUUAUAGACAAAUUGUUUGACUAUCAAAUUAAUUUUUAUUUUUGAUUCAUGCUUUUAUACUACAGCAUAACUUUAUAUGUAUAUUAGUAUUCUUCUCAUCAAAUUACAUAUCUGAAUGUACAUAAAAUGCUUGACAAUACAUUUUUAAGAUACAAUUAAAAUCAUUAUAAACGUAAUACUAUUAGUGAAUGGUUAGCGUCUAAAUUUUUCAAUUUGUAUACACGGAUUCUUCGACACGGUAUUAUUAUUUUAUAAAUGCGAAUUAAAUUCAUCGCAAUAUUCAAACAUCUGUAAUAACUAGUUAUAAAAUGAAAUGUGAUAUAGGUUGUAAAAAUGUAGUUAAGUCAAUGAGAACUGUAUAACUUGAAGUGGUUUAAAUAUUUCCUCGUGUACCAUAUAGUUUCUUGAAAUUUGUGAAAUGUCACAACUGAUUGUAAAUAAAUUAUAGAAUAAGAAUUUUUAAAGUCUGUAAGUAAUUUUAGGUAAAAUGGAUAUUAAAGUCAUUUCUAAAAAUAAA